CCUACUAAAAACAAUACACAAAACAAAACUCACAGUAUAUUGGCUGAUUUAGCGGAAAACUACACUGAACACUUUCUUGCUUUCGUCAAUGGAAAUUCAUAAGUGUUCACCCCAUGACACUGACCUUGCUGAUGCUGAUAUUUCAUUAAAGCUGGAACUUCCAGAAAAUGACAUCUGGUUCAAGAAAAAGAUGAAACUACUUCAGGACAUAGGUUCUAAUCCAUUGGGACUGAUGCCCCUACGAGUCUCUGCUAAUGCUGAUCAGAUAAAAAGCAAUUUGAAUUCGAUGCUUCAACAAGCUAGAAUCAUAAAUCUAGACGAGCUAGAACUUUAUUUUGGUGGAGAUGAAGCCAAUAAUUUUGUUGGUUUCUAUAGUCCAAGGAAUGAACUAAAAGCACUGCAAUCAGUCCUUUCAGCCACUGAUGAGGCACUGCUCAGCAGCAGAAAUGCUAAUGCAACUGUAUUACAAGAGCUACGGAAAGCAACUGUUGAUGUGAUAUCUGAGUGCUCAAAUAGAAUUAGAGAGGACACUAAAAUUUGCUCAGGGUGUAGAAUAGAAAGGGAGAACUCUUUGUUGCAGUGGGGUGAAAGGAAUGGUGUGAUGUCAAAUUUGAGGAUAGCUUGUGUCGAAGGAGCGGGAAGAGGCGCCAUAGCAACUCAAGACCUGAACGUUGGAGACAUUGCACUAGAGGUCCCCAUAUCUGUUAUCAUAUCUGAGAGCAUUGUGCAUGAAUCUGACAUGUAUUCUAUUCUUAAAGGAGUAGAUGGGAUGUCCUCAGAAACAAUGCUGUUAUUGUGGAGCAUGAAGGAGAAGCACAACCAUGACUCAAAAUAUAAGUUAUAUUUUGAUACACUGCCUGAGUCAUUCAAGACAGGUUUGAGUUUUGGGGUUGAAGCUCUCAUGACAUUAGAUGGAACCUUACUAUUAGAGGAAAUAGCGCAAGCAAAAGAGCAUUUACGGUUACAAUAUGAUGAGUUGUUCCCGGCACUCAGCAAUGAUCACCCUGGUACAUUUCCUCCAGAGCUUUACACCUGGAAGCAGUUCCUAUGGGCUUGUGAACUUUGGUACUCCAACAGCAUGAAGAUAAUGUUUAGUGAUGGAAAUCUAAGAAUGUGCUUGAUUCCUAUUGCUGGAUUUCUGAAUCAUUCGACGUUUGCACACGUAGUGAACUAUGGAAAAGUUGAUUCUGUGACGAAUACCUUGAGGUUUCCUUUAUCAAGACCAUGCAGCAAAGGAGAACAAUGUUUCUUAAGCUAUGGGAACUUCUCCAGUUCUCAUCUACUUACUUUCUAUGGUUUCUUGCCACGGCUAGAAAAUCCAUAUGAUGUUAUCCCACUAGAUAUUGAUAUUGUCAUGGAUGAAGAUUUUGAGGAGGGGGGAUUUACCCCUGGCUGGACAUCGCACAUGGUGAGGGGUACAUGGUUCUCAAAAAACCAUGGAAUCUUCCACUAUGGAUUGCCAUUUCCUUUAUUAGAUCAUAUGCGUAGAGCUCAGUGUGCUUCAUUAAAAACAAUAGCCCUGACACCUGAAAACUUGGAAAUUGAACUAGAAAUACUUGGAGAUCUUUGCUUGACCUUUGAAGCAAUGAUGGAAUCACUUGGAGAUGCUGAUAACGAUGAGCAGGUUAACGCAGGGUGGGAUAUAAAGCUUGCGGUUGAAUUUAAAGACCUACAACGAAGAAUUGUUUCCUCCGUUGUAAAAUCAUGCAAAGCUGGUUGUGAGUUGCUAGAAUUCGAACUACAAAAAUGUAUUUCGUAACAUUGAGAAAAUGAAGCAAAGACUACAACCCAAAGAGGCGCAACAAAGUAAAAUACAUGAACAAUGUUAUCAAAUAGAUCAAUCUAUAGCUAAUGGUUCCCUUCUAGUAAUAAAUGCUCCACAACCCCAUAUUUUACUACAUUUACCAAGUAAUCGAGUCUAAGAUUGUUCAGUCAAAUUGCCACACUAAUAUAAGAGGUUUUCUUGAAUAAAUGACUACUAGAUUUUGAAGUUUAUUCCCUUUGCCUUCGUUUGUCCACAUAAAAAUCUGCAAGCUGAUGAUAAAGACAGACUGUUAAAUUGCGUGUCUAUUGAUUGCACAAAGAUUCAUAAGGUGGUCUGUUUGUAAGUUGCACAACUAAAAUCACGUCAACCAUUUCCAGGAAUCUCAUAGCCUUGUUUGUAUCUUCUUGUCAGAUGUAACCAUUUCCAAGCAUUUUAUCAUUACCUUUCCUGACCAUUGGUUUUUAUUUUAGUUUCAGUAGAUUUGGUUUGGAAAUUUGGACUUCUGGCAUAUGUUUGAUAGACAUAUUUCAAUCCCGGUUGUUUUAGACUUUAAAUUGUCCAUUUCGUGUCUAGAGAAUCACAUUAUUUUGUAUGAGGUGACUGAUUCUAUAUAGUGCUGGACUCGGGCCGGGCGGCCCGGCCCGGAACCGGCCCGGCCCGGUUACUGUUUGGCCCGGCCCGGGGCCCGGUGGGUCCCUCGGUUCGGUUCAACCCGGCCCGGCUGCUGGGCGGUUCGGGUCCUCCGGGCCGGAUUUUAAUUUUUUUUUUUUUUGAAAUUUUUUUAAGUUUUAGGUUGGACUAGGUAUUUUGG